AGGGUUAGCGCAUCCAGAGCAACUUUGAGCAUCCCACGGGCUGGCGGUAACGCAGCUUGGACGUGCAAGCGCGGUUCCCAAACUCUCGAUUCUCAACUGAUUUUUCUGCCCCGUGCGACGUUUGUGCGGAAGCUAGAAAAAGGUGACAGUCAUGUCACCGAAAUCUGAACUGUGUAGGAUCUCAGCGUAGGCGUCGAAAGACCCCGCAUACUCCGACAGCGCCGAUGGCUUCUUCUCCAGCGAUCUUGCGCCGUUGGUCGCUGCUCGUUUUGGCUGCUGCUGCCGUCGUCGGCGUCUCGCCCGAAACUCAGAAAGUGCAAUGCUCGGACAACCAGUUUGCAUGUGCGGACGGCAAGGAGUGCAUCCCGACGCAGUGGAAGUGCGAUUACUCGCCCGACUGCGCGGACGGCUCGGACGAACCGGACGACUGCGCUCCCAGCAUAUGUUCGCACGACCAGUUCCAGUGUUCCUUGUCCCGGAGAUGUAUUCCCAAAGGCUUCGUCUGUGACCGCGAGUCGGAUUGCGGCUUCACGGAUGACCUCAAGCCAGACACCUCCGACGAAGAUGCACGGCGAUGCCACCUGGGGAAUGUGUGUCCGCAGAACUACUUCCAGUGCAGUGACGGCAUCACGUGUCGGCGAAUCGCGCAACUUUGCGACGGCCACAACGACUGCCCUGACUUCUCGGACGAAGGCACCUUCUGCUCGGAUACGACGCAGUGCGGCAACACUUCGUGCGAGCAGGGCUGCAAGCCAAGCCCCCAGGGCCCGCUGUGCUUCUGCAAGCGGGGCAUGGAGCCCCACCGGGAGAUGGGGUCGCUGUGCGUGGAUGCGGACCCCUGCAGCGUGGAGGGCACCUGCGACCAGGGUUGCACCUCGGGGGAGGAGCCCGUGUGCUCCUGCGUGCAUGGCUACCGCCUGAAGGGCUCCCACUGCGAGGGCAUCAACGUGCCCGAGGGUGAGGAGGCGACUCUGCUGUUUGCCAACUCGGUCAACAUCCAACACAUCCGGUUGGAUGGGAGCCCGGUCAGUGGAAACAGCACCGUUCCUGUCAAGGAGAGCCUGGCCAUGGAUUUCAACCACAGAAAUGAGACCGUCUGUUGGAUAAACCACGACGGGAAUGAAACGGUGCUGCAGUGUGCCAAGGUGCCGGAUUUAAACACACGCUGGAACCUGAAGCUGAGAGACUCUUUCUCAUUGGCGACGGUGAACCAGAUGGCGCUGGACUGGGUGUCCGGCAACUGGUACUUCCUGGACGAUGUACGGGAGACCAUCUUUCUGUGCAACGCCUCGCUCUCGGUCUGCAUCACCGUCAUCGACGUGGGACUCAGCAAACCCCGUGGCAUCGCCCUCGACCCUUAUAAGGGGCUGAUGUUUGUGACGGAGUGGGGCAGCGCGGCCCCACUGCUGGAGCGAGCCCGGCUGGACGGCACCAAGCGGACCAAGCUGGUGGAGCAGAAGAUUGUGUACCCGUUCGGGGUGGCCGUGGACCUGCCCCGGGAGGAGGUGUACUGGGUCGAUACCUACCUGGACGUGGUGGAACGCAUCCGCUAUGACGGCUCCCGCCGCACCACUGUCUACCGGGGGACCCCGAUGCGCAACCUGUACGGCAUCUCCGUGUUCGAGCGUCACCUGUACGUGACCAGCUGGCACAGCAACUCGGUGCUGGCAGUGCACAAGUACAACCAGUCGGACGUCCGCACUGUCAGGGCCAACCUUACCCGCCCCUUCUCCAUCCACGUGUACCACCGCCAGCGCAAGCCCCCAGGUGACCACCCAUGUGGUUUGAACAACGGGGACUGCGAGCACCUGUGCAUCCCGUCGACUGCCAAGGGCGUCCCGGUGGCGCGCUGCGUCUGCCGGGCGGGCUUCCGGAUGGUCCAAGAGGGCCGCUGCCUGCCGGAGGCCCCCUCCCAGUUCCUGUUGUAUGCCCGGGGCCGUCCUGGGGCGGUCAAAGGCAUCUCAACGAGUGACGAGUUCUCCGAGGAGGCGGUCUCUCCGCUGCUGCGGCGGGAGGUGAUGGCGCCCGUCCGGUUCCUGAGCCGGCCCACCGCCCUGGACUAUGACGCCCGCACCCGUACAAUCUACUACUCGGACGCCCAGAAGUUCCUCAUCGAGCGCCGGGGCCUCGAUGGCUCCCGCAGGGAGGUCUUCACCUCCAAAGGGCUGAACAACUGCGAGGGCCUGGCGGUGGACUGGGCGGGACGCAACCUGUUCUGGACGGACGAGGGCCACCUGGGCAUCUGGGUGGCGAGGCUGGACAACGCCACCAUUCGGCGCCAGCUGGUCUCCCUCAACAUGUCCCACCCCAGGGCCAUCGUGGUGGACCCCAAGAGAGGGCACAUGUACUGGUCGGACUGGUCCACGGAGCCCUACCCCCCGGCGGAGGGCCAGGGGGCGGGCAAGAUCGAGCGUGCCCAGAUGGACGGUGCCGGGCGGGAGGUGUUCGUCUCCCGGGACCUGCACUGGCCCAACGGCCUGAGUGUGGACUACGCCCAGCGCAAGCUCUACUGGUGCGACGUCUACUUCCAUCGCAUCGAGCGCAUCGGCCUCGACGGCAAGGGCCGACAGGUGCUAGUGGAAGGGGAGCACCUGGACCACCCGUACGGCCUGGCCCACUUCGGGAACUUUGUCUUCUGGACCGAGUUCCAGAAGGGCCACGUCCUGCGCUGGGACGCCCUGACCGGGAACAUCAGCCGCCUCAAGACGGAGAACCCGCCACUGUUCGAGCUGCGCUUCUUCGACGAGGCCUCCCAGUCUGGGGUGAGCGCCUGCAGCGACAGGAACGGCGGCUGUGCCCAGCUGUGCCUGGCCACACCUGAGAAGCGCGUGUGCGCCUGCGGAGACGGCUACGACCUCAACGAGGACGGCACCACCUGCCAACGUGCGGCCAACUACACGGAGCCUUCCCGCUGCCGGGACGGGGAGUUUGAGUGCAGAAAGAACCAGCGGUGCAUCGACCGGCGCUACCUCUGCGACGGAGACAACGACUGCGGGGACAACUCGGACGAAGACUCCUCCCAUUCGGGCAUUUGCGAGAAGGCGACCUGUCAGGAGGACCAGUACCGGUGCGACACCAACCGCUGCAUCUCUCUGCACUGGGUGUGCGACGGAGAGCGCGACUGCGUCGACGGAUCAGACGAAGAGCCCACCUCCAAAUGCAGGAACAUGACAUGCAGCGCUUCCCAGCACACGUGCAAGGUGACGGGCAAGUGCAUCCCCCAGAGCUGGACGUGCGACUCCGACCUGGACUGCGGGGAGGGGGACAGCUCGGACGAGCACGACUCCUGCGUCUACCCGGAGUGCGACGUGACGGAGUUCCGGUGCGGCAACCAGCGCUGCGUGCCCCUGGACUAUGUGUGCGACGGGGACGACGACUGCCGGGAUGGGUCUGACGAGCGGGACUGCGGGGCCGGGGCCUGCGGGGGCGGCCACCGCUGCCGCUCGGGACAGUGCCUCUGGGAAGCCCUCGUCUGCAACGGGGUCUGGGACUGCCCCGACGGCUCCGACGAGGCCAACUGCACGGCUGGUGGCACGGACGUCCCGCCCUGCCACAAAGACGAGUUCCGGUGCGGGGGUGGCCAGUGCAUCCAGAAGGCCUGGCGCUGCGACUUCAAGCAGGACUGCCUCGACGGCAGCGAUGAGAGGGGAUGCGGGAACGCCACCUGUAGUUCGAGCGAGUACCUGUGCGACAACCGCCAGGAGUGCAUCCCAGCGUCGUUUGUGUGCGACAGCGACCACGACUGCGUGGACAACUCGGACGAGAAGAACUGCUCGGCGGUGUCCCGCAUCAAAUGCCUGGCCCCCAACCACCUGUGCGACAACAACAGCCGCUGCGUGGAGAUCACCAAGCUAUGUGACAAGAACCCAGACUGCAAGGACGGCUCGGACGAGGGAGGCCGAUGCGAGGAGGGCCUGUGCUUUUUCAACGACUGCGAGGAUUCGUGCCAGAACACCCCGUACGGCAAGUCCUGCUACUGCAAGGAUGGCCUCCAGCUGGCCGUCGACGGCCGCUCCUGCACAGACAAGAAGCCCUGCUCGCAGUGGGGCGUCUGCAGCCAGAAGUGCUUCCAGCUGAAGCACUCGCACAAGUGCACGUGCGAGAAGGGCUACGAGCUGGCCUCGGACAUGUUCACCUGCAAGAGCACCGAUGCGGCGGUGCCGUACGUGAUCUUCUCGAACCGGCACGAGCUGCGCAGCGUGGACCUGAACAGCAUGUCGCUGCGUGCCCUGAUCACGGGGCUGAAGAACACCAUCGCGCUGGACUUCUUCCACUCGGACGCCGGGGACCUGCUCUUCUGGACGGACGUGGUGGACGACAAGAUCUACCGGGGCUCUAUCAGCUCGGGCAGCCUCUCGAGCAUCGAGGUGGUGGUGCAGACCGGAUUGGCUACGGCCGAAGGCCUGGCCGUGGAUUGGAUCGGGGAGAACCUGUACUGGGUGGAAAGCAAUCUGGACCAGAUCGAGGUUGCCAAGCUGAACGGCAGCUUCCGAAGAACCCUGGUGGCGGGGAACAUGGAGAGCCCCCGGGCCAUCGUGCUGGACCCCAGAUACGGGCUGAUGUUCUGGACGGACUGGGACAAGGAGGCACCGCGCAUCGAGCAGGCGUCCAUGAGCGGGGACGGGCGCCGGGUGGUGCUGCGGAUCGACGAGGUGUCCGAGGGCGGGGCCUGGCCCAACGGCUUGACCCUGGACUUCGUGGCCCUGCGCAUCUACUGGAUCGACGCACGGUCGGACUCGGUCCACACGUCCCGCUACGAUGGGUCGGACCACCGGGAGGUGCUCCGGGGCCACGAGACGCUCUCUCACCCCUUCGCCAUCACCCUCUUCGGCAGCCACGUGUACUGGACCGACUGGCGCACAAACUCCGUCAUCCGGUGCAACAAGUGGAACGGGUCAGACGUCCAGGUCGUGCAGAAGGCCCCCACCCAACCCUUCGACAUCCAGGUGUUCCACCCUUCCAGACAGCCCAAAGGAAAUGGAAAGAACGGCUGCGCCGCCAACAACGGUGGGUGCUCCCACCUCUGCCUGCUGAGCUUCAACAACACCUUCAAGUGCAACUGUCCCCAUCUGAUGAGGCUCGGCGACGACGGCAAGACCUGCUUCAGCAAGGAGCGGGUGCUGCUCUUCUCCCGCCCCAACGAGAUCCGGGGUGUGGACCUGGACAUGCCCUACUACCACGUCAUCCCGCCCUUCAGCUCACCCAAGGUGAUUCACGCGGUGAAGCUGGACUUUGACGCGCGCCGUCGCAUGAUCUACUGGGCAGACACGCAUCUGAACGAGAUCAAGCGAGCUUCGCUCCUGGGAUCCACCGUCGAGACCAUCAUCGACACCGUGAUAGAGAACCCGUACGGCUUUGCGGUGGACUGGAUCUCCCGGAACAUGUUCUUCUCAUCAUACGGGGAGGGGGGCAAGCACAUCUUCGCCUGCAGCCUGGACGGAGAGUUUGUGGCCUCGGUCGUGGACCGGGACCUCGAGUCCCCGGCCUCCCUCGCCCUCCACCCGGCCCUGGGGCUGCUCGUCUGGAACGACAACCGGGGCGGCCAGGACACCAUCCAGGUGUCGAGGAUGGACGGUUCGGGGCGGCGGGAGCUGACGUCGCGGCUCACCAAUCCCAAGCUGGACGGCUCCACAAGUCUGAGCGUGGACUUUGAGCGGGCGGAGCUGUACUGGGUGAACCGGGGCUCGCUGACGGUGCAGCGCUGCUCACUGGUGGGGGAGGCAGUCGAGGUGGAGACCCUGGACGUGGGCCUGGGGGGCGAGCAGCCCCACGCCCUGGCCGUGUACGGGGCCCGGCUGCUGCUCUCGACAGACUACGCCAUCCACGCGGCCGACAGGGACGCCCCCGCCCAGGGCGCCGUGCUCCGCAACAACACCGACACCGUGCUGGCCCUGGCCGUGUACGACGCCGCCGUGCAGGGAGGGGAGAACGCGUGCAGCGAUGCCAACGGCAACUGCUCGCACCUGUGCCUGCCGACCUCGCGGUCGACCAGGGUGUGCAAGUGCACCACCGGCUUUGUCCCGGACGAUGAAGACGACACCAAGUGCGUCGGCUACGCCGAGUUCCUGCUCUACUCCAUCAACUACGAGAUCCGGGGGGUGUCCCUGGUUCCCCCGAACUCCCCGACAGAGCGGGUGCUGGCUCCCAUCUCCCGAGUGUCCAUGGCCACCUCCAUCGACUUCGUGGACGAGUACAUCUACUGGGUGGACACGGAAGGGGGAAGCAUCACCCGCAUCCGCAGGGACAUGACCGGCCGGGAGACUGUGGUCGCCGGACUGGACGCCAUCGAGGGCCUGGCCAUCGACUGGGUCGCCCGCAACAUGUACUGGAUCGAUCCGUCGUACGACGUCAUCGAGGUGUCGCGGCUCAACGGGUCGCACCGCUACGUUCUCCUGUCGGGCAACAUGGACAAGCCGAGGGCGAUCGUGGUGCAUCCUUACAAGGGGUACAUCUUCUGGAGCGACUGGGGAGUGCCGCCCAAGAUUGAGCGGGCCUCCCUGGACGGCUCGGACCGGGUGGUGCUGGUGAACAGCUCGGUGCAACUCAUCAAUGACCUGGCCAUCGACUUCGACGAGGACAGACUGUACUGGUGCGACUCCCGCACGGACACCAUAGAAAGGGUGGACCUGGACGGGGGCAACCGGGAGACUGUCUUCCCUCCGGCCCCGCUGGGGGAGGAGGACGAGGGGGGCGAGUCCAGCAGGCCACUCCAGAACCCCUUCUCCCUGGUGGUGCACGGCAGCUACAUCUACUGGGCUGACACGCACCGAGAGGACGGCUCCAUCUUCCGAGUCCAGAAGCGCGGUCUCGGCCUGGAGGAGAUGCUGGUCAGCCACCUGACGGACUCGGUCAAGGACCUGCAGGUGUUCCACUCCCGCCCCAGGCGAGAGACGACCAACCCCUGCAGCACGGACAACGGCGGCUGCCAGGAGCUCUGCCUGUACAGGGGGGGCCUCAACUACACCUGCGCCUGCUCCCACGGGAGGGUCGCCGCCGACGGCCGGACGUGCCAAGACUACGAGGGCUUCGUGAUGUUCUCGCGGGUGCGCACCAUCGACAGCAUCCACAUGAUGGACGAGACGAACCUCAACGCCCCGUUCCCGAGCAUCUCGAGCGCAGAGUUCAUGCGCAACAUCAUCGGCCUGGCCUUCGACUACUCGUCCCGGCGCAUCUUCUACUCGGACAUCCAGCGCGGAAGCAUCAACGGCGUCCACUUCAAUGGCUCCGGCCACUCGGUGCUCGUGCAGAAGCAAGGCUCAGUGGAGGGCCUGGCCUACGAGCCGGUACAGAACGAGCUGUACUGGACGAGCCACCGGGACGCCUCGGUGGGGCGGGUGUCCCUCUCGGACCCCGGGGCCACCCCCGAGAAGAUCGUCAAGCUGGGGCCCGAGGACAAGCCUCGGGGCAUCGUGGUCAGCAGCUGCAUCAAGCGAGUUUUCUGGACCAACUGGAACGCCCAACACCCGAGCAUCCAACGUUCUUUCCUGAGCGGAUUCGACCCAGAGUCGAUCGUGACCACGCAAAUCCGGAUGCCCAAUGGGAUCGCCAUCGACCACCAGCUGCAGAAGCUCUACUGGUCCGACGCACGGCUGGACAAGAUCGAGCGCUGCGACUUCGACGGCGGCGAUCGUCACGUACUGCUGAGCGAGCACCCCCAGCACCCGUUUGACCUGGCGGUGUACGGGGACUUUGUGUUCUGGACGGACUGGGUGGCCCACGCUGUGCUGCGGGCCAACAAGCACACGGGUGCCGACGUGGUGGUGCUGCGCAAGAACGUGGUCCGCCCCAUGGGCAUCGUGGCCGUGGCCAACGACACCAACGACUGCACCCGUAGCCCGUGUGCCGUCCUGAAUGGCGGCUGCGAAGACACGUGCGGCGUGGCCGCCAACGGAACCACCUACUGCCAGUGCUAUCCGGGUCGCAUCUUACUUCCCGACGGAAAGCGGUGUGGAGCGAGGAAUGCCAGCUGCACGGACAAGGAGUUUGAGUGCGGGGACGGAGCCUGCAUUCCCUUUGAGCUGGCCUGCGACGGCGUGCAGGCCUGCCCCGACGGCUCCGAUGAGAACCUCAACUACUGCGCGACUCGGACGUGCCGGGAGGGCUUCCACUCAUGCCACAACGGGCGUUGCGUGCCGAGGUCGCGCGUGUGCGACGGCCUGGACACGUGCGGGGACUUCAGCGACGAGCUCAACUGCACCUGCAAGAAGGACCAGUUCAAGUGCGCCCGGGGGCCCUGCAUCCCCGCCAGCUUCGUCUGCGACAUGGAGCCCGAGUGCCCCGACGCCAGCGACGAGAUCAACUGCACAAAGCCCGACUGCUCGAGGCACCCCAUGACCUGGCAGCCCAACCUGCACCUGGUGAACUGCAAGAGGACCACGGCUUGCAUCCACCCCGGCUGGAUCUGCGACGGCCAGAACGACUGCUGGGACUUCUCGGACGAGGAAAACUGCCAGACCACGACUCCCCAGGUGUCCUGCCCCGCCAUGUCGUUCCGUUGCCUCAAUGGACUCUGCAUCCCCGACUCGUGGCGCUGCGACCGGGACAUGGACUGCGAGGACGGCCAGAACGGAACGCUCAGCUCCGACGAGCUCGACUGCGAGUACAAGUGUGCCCGGGACCAGUUCCAGUGCAAGGACGGAGAGUGCAUCAGCCUGCUCAGCCGGUGCGACGGACACCCGGACUGCUCCGACAGCUCCGACGAACCUCCUGCCUGCCGGGUGCGCCCAUGCGGGGAGAACGAAUUCAAGUGCAACAGCACGGGGCAGUGCAUCCCCAAGGCCUGGAUGUGCGACGGCGCGGGAGACUGCUCCGACGGCUCGGACGAACACCUCGACCUCAAGUGCCCUGUGCGUACCUGCAAGCCGAGCGAGUUCCGCUGCCUCAACCAGGUGUGCAUCCAGGAGAGCUACUACUGCGACGGAGACCAGGACUGCGAGGACGGGUCGGACGAGCCCAGCACCUGCGAGAAGCGGCGCUGCAGGGAGGACCAGUUCACGUGCGGGAACGGGCGCUGCAUAUCGAGGCACGCCCUCUGCAACGGGUGGGAGGACUGCCGCGACGGCUCCGACGAGCGGUCCGACGUCUGCCACGAAGCGGACCCCAAGGUAUCUGGCUGUCCCGAGGGGCACUUCAAGUGCGCCAACAAGAUCUGCGUCAACGAGAGCCUCCUGUGCAACGGGGAGAAUGACUGCGGGGACUUCUCGGACGAGAACCGAUGCAACAUCAACGAAUGCGAGCUCUCGACCCACGCCUGCUGGCAGGUCUGCGAAGAUCUCCCCAUCGGAUACAACUGCAGCUGCCAUCCCGGCUUCAAGCCCAAGAACGAGGGCCGCAUCUGCGAAGACGUGGAUGAGUGUGCCACGCAGUACCCAUGCACACACUUCUGCCGCAACACAUACGGCUCGUUUGCCUGCAGCUGCGCCGACGGCUACUUCUCCGUCGACGGGGGACGCACGUGCAAGGCCAACUCCCCUGUCAAGGCGUCGCUGCUGCUGUCGAACCGCUACUACAUCCGCCAGGUGGACCUGCACCGGAUGAGCUCGGACAUCCUGGCACAGAACCUGACUAACUCGGUGGCCCUGGACUUUGACUCCGUGGACAACUGCAUCUACUGGUCUGAGGUCACCGCCGUAGGCAGCUCCAUCAAGCGCAUGUGCCUCAACGGGUCUCAGGAACACCAGGUGCUGCACUCGACGACGGUCCAGAACCCGGACGGCCUGGCAGUGGACUGGGUGGGGCGCAACCUGUACUGGUGCGACAAGGGCAAGGACACCAUCGAGGUGUCCCGGCUGGACGGGGCCUUCCGCAGGGUGCUGCUGCGGGAGGGCCUCGAGGAGCCACGGGCCAUCGUGGUCGACCCCUCCCAGGGGUACAUGUACUGGACAGACUGGGGCGAGCGGCCGUACAUCGGCAAGGCGGAGAUGGACGGCAGCGGGUGGCGGGUGCUGCUCAACGACUCUUCCCAGUCCAUGGGCUGGCCCAAUGCCCUCACCCUGGACCCAAUUACUCACCAGCUGUUUUGGGCCGACGCCAAGCACGACUACAUCGCCACGGCCGACCUCGACGGGAAGAACUCACGCAUCCUUGCUCGCAACGGACCCUCGUUCCCUCUGCACCACGUGUUUGCCAUGACCCUGUUUGAGGACUUCCUGUACUGGACGGACUGGGAGAGCAAGGCGGUGCUGCGCUGCCACAAGAACCACUGCUCCAACGUCACCCAUCUGGUGCGCACCUCCAUCCGCCCCAUGGACCUCCAAGUGAUGCACCCGCUGCGCCAGAGGCCCCUGGCGGGCAACCCGUGCGAGGCCAACGGGGGCUGCUCCACCCUGUGCCUGCUGCGGGCGGGCGGAGCGUCCGCGUGCGCCUGCCCCGAGAACUACGUGCUGGAGCCGGACGGUGCCUCGUGCCGCAGCAACUGCACCAGCGCCCAGUUUGUGUGCGCCCGGACUUACAAGUGCAUCCCAGCCUGGUGGCGCUGUGACACCCAGGACGACUGCGGGGACCGCUCGGACGAGCCAGAGUCCUGCCCCCCGUUCCGCUGCAGCCCGGGGCAGUUCCAGUGCAAGGACGAGCAGUGCAUCCAGCCCAGCCAGCUGUGCGACGGCAAGCCCCACUGCGCGGGGGCCGACGACGAGCUAGACUGCGACAAGUACACAUGCCUGCAGAGUCAGUUCAAAUGUCCCGGAAACGGGACGACCCAGGCGUACUGCAUCCCCGCGACGGGACGCUGCGACGGACACGUCGACUGCAGCGUCGGUGGAGAGGACGAACUCAACUGCCCCCCCAAAACGUGCCCCGCGAACCAGUUCAAGUGCAACAACUCCCGCUGCAUCCCGGACGUGUGGACGUGCGACGGAGACAACGACUGCUUCGACGGGUCCGACGAGCCCCCCAAUUGCGCGGAGCGGGAGUGCCCACCCAACUCGUUCCGGUGCGCCUCCGGGCGCUGCAUCCCGCUGGCCUGGCGCUGCGACGGGGACUACGACUGCUCGGGCAAGGAGGACGAAGGGCCCUCGUGCGACGAGGAGGCCCUCAGCUGCCACCCGUCCUACUUCCGCUGCACCAACGGCCGCUGCCUGCCGGGACACUGGCGCUGCGACUUCGACGACGACUGCGGGGACGGCUCCGACGAGCAGCAGUGUGAGAACCGCUCGUGUCUGACGGGAGAGUUCCAGUGUGCCAACAAACGCUGCAUCAGGGCGUCCCUGCUCUGCAACGGAGAGUACAACUGCGAAGAUCGUAGCGACGAGACCAACUGCAGCGCCACAUGUCGGUCGAACGAGUUCUUCUGCAAGGUGGUGGGACACUGUAUCCACAACGAGUGGCGCUGCGACGGCGAUGUGGACUGUGCGGACGGCUCCGACGAAGAGGGCUGCCACAUCACGUGCAAGCAGGGCGAGUUCAAAUGCCACAACGGCCAGUGCGUGACGGCCACCUUCCAGUGCGACGGCGAGGACGACUGCGGCGACGGCUCCGACGAGGACCGCCAACUCUGUCAGAAGUAUGCGUGCCCUCCCGGAAAGUUCAAGUGCCAGAACAGCCUGUGCAUCCUGGCGUCGCAAGUGUGCGACGGGCGGGACGACUGCGGCGACAAGUCGGACGAGGAGUCCCCGCUCUGCCACCAGUGCAAGGCGGACCAGUUCAAGUGCAAGAACCAGAGGUGCAUCUCUCGUAAACUCGUCUGCAACGAGUUCGACAACUGUGGAGACGGUUCCGAUGAAGACGACUGUGACAUGGGGCCCUGCCGCUUCGGCGCCUGCUCCCAGGUGUGCAACCUGAAGAAGAACGGCACCUUCGGCUGCAGCUGCGCUCCGGGCUUCGUCAAGGACCACCGACGGAACGACUCCUGCGUGGCACAAGGGGUCAAGGCGUUCCUGCUGGUUGCGAGCGAGAACGAACUGCGGCACCUGGACCCGUACAAGGCAGCCCACCAGGACGCCCAGGACCUGCUGGGGAGCCUGGACCCGUCCAACCGCAUCCACGCGGUCGACCUCUUCUUCAACCACUCCCAGACGGUGGUGUUCUGGGCCAGCCUGCACGCCGGUGCCAUAUACCGGCGCACCGUGGCUCCCCCGCCAAGGAGGAAGGAAGCAGACGACGAAGAGGCCAGCCCCAGCAGACGGCGGAGGGGGACGGCGGACGACGCCGGGCUGCUGAUGGGCAACCUGACGGAGCCCCGAGGCCUGGCCGUGGACUGGGUCGGCCAGCUGGUGUACUGGGUCGACGCAGGGAUGCACACUCUCUCCGUGGCGUCCCUGGACGGCAAGCUGAGGCGGACGCUGAUCUCCCAGCACUUGGACCAGCCAAACGACCUGGCCGUCGACCCCCACUCGAGGUACCUGUUCUGGACGGAGACCGGCUCCCAUCCCCGGGUGGGACGGGCCCGCCUGGACGGCUCCGACCCCCGGACCCUGGUGGACGCCCGGGUGGUCUGGCCCACAGGGGUGGCGGUGGACCACGCGGCGGGCCGCAUCUACUGGGCGGACCGCAAGGCCGCCCUGGUAGAGACCGCCGACCUCGACGGCCGCAGGAGGCAUGUCGUCCGGGACUUCCCCCACGAGGAGAGCCCCUACCGGGUGGACGUGUUCGAGGACAACCUGUACGUGAGCACGUUCCCCAGCAACGCCAUCCUGCGGGUGAACAAGUUUGGCCGGGGCGGGGUGGCCCACCUGGUCAGGGGCCUGCACAGGGCCACCGACGUGCUCGUCGUCCAGCAGAACAAGCAGAGCCCCACCAUGGUCAGUCCAUGCAACGAGAGUUCCUGCGGGUUCGGUGCACUGUGCAUCCAACGCGGUCCAACGGACUUUGCCUGUCUCUGCCCCGAUGGGAUGGUGGAGACCCGGACCGUGGACGGCACCACGGCCUGCACCAUCGUGGCGCCCACUCCGACCUCUGCCGACGCCAAGUGUGAUCUGGACUGCCUGAGUGGCGGCACGUGUGUCCUGGGAAACAACCACCAGCCCUUGUGCAGGUGCCCCCUAGGUUUUGGCGGGAAGCGGUGCGAGCACUUCCUGUGCUCCCAGUUCUGCAAGAACAAGGGGCUCUGCAUUCUCGUCACCAGCCAGGAGAUGUCCUGCAUAUGCCCGCCCCAGUGGACCGGCCAGCGGUGCGAGACCUCACUCAACGUGUGCGAGCUGUGCAUGCGGGACGGCUCGUGCGCCAACGGGUUUGCGGACGUCCGGUGCAAGCACUGCAUCCUCAGGUGCACCCAGGAAGACCCCUGCCGCAGCCAGGGCGGCGACGAAUACUGCGUGCACGGGGUGUGCCGCACAAACUCGGCCGGAGCUCGGCACUGCAUCUGCGCGGCGGGCUACAUCGGAGACCGGUGCGACACCCUCUCACCAAUGUGCGAGUCCUACUGCCGGAACGGGGGCACCUGCCUGGGGCGCAAGAAGCUGCCCUGCGCCUGCCCCCCCGGCAUGCCCGGCGGCGACUGCCUCCCGCCGGGCGGUGGCUCCUGUGGCUGCCUGCACGGUGCCACCUGCGUGACCACCGAGCGGGAGGGCGGCCUGGCGCAGCGCUGCGUCUGCCCGGCCGGCUUCACGGGAGAGCGCUGCGAGGGACGCCAGGCCGACGUCUGCCUCCACUUCCCCUGCCGCCACGGGGGACGCUGCCACGCCUCCGGGGGACGGCCCCUCUGCAGGUGCUCUGAGGGCUGGGCGGGGGUUCAGUGCGAGCAGAGCACGACCUGCAGGGGCUUCUGUUUCAACCACGGCACCUGCCUGCCCUCGCCCCAGGACGACGAGCUGCCCUCGUGCCUGUGCGCCCGAGGCUUCACGGGGCUUCGCUGCCAGACCAGCCUGGGCCAGAGCGGCGCCCACAGCGACCACAGCCUGCCCAACCUGCUGGGUGCCAUCUUGAUCCCCGUGGUGGUGAUCGUUUCGGUGGCGGUGCUCCUCGUCCUGGCAGUCCUGAUCUACCGAAAGAGGAAGAGGUCGCGCCCUUUCCACCACGUGCGGAUGCAGGAGAGCAGCGGGGGGACCGGCAACGUGGAGAUCAGCAACCCCAUCUACCUGCGGGGAGACUGCGAGGACGACGCCGCCGAGGCACUCAAUGCCUCCUUUGGCCUCGACCCCGACAAGGCGACCAACUUCAGCAACCCGGUGUACGACUCGUUGUACGCGGACGGGGCGGUGAACGGGGAGGAGAAGAAGGGCCUGCUCCAGGGGGACCUGCAGGUGGACUACCUGGAUGGCCAGGGCCCCCUCCGGGGGGACCACCCCCUGGCCUAGGACCGCCACCAAGGGUCCGCCCCCCGCGCCACCCCCGGGUGGCGCCGGGAAAACAAGAUGCCAAACGUCCCGAAUUUCGUGCGAGGCCGUGCACCCCGCGGUCACGGGACGUGACGGGGUGCCGGCCUUUCGUUCGCUUUCUGUGUUUUCUGUCAAAUGUUGUCGUCCUUUUUUUACCGUGCGCUUCCAGGUAGUGGCGCCAAAUAGAUGCCGUCGUCUUGUUGGUUUUGAGUACCGUCAAAGACGCUGAGAAGUCUAGCGUUCGACGGGGUCGUCUGCGAAGCGUGGCAGACAAACGGCGGAGCGGCCGAAACGAGGGAAACGCCAACGCCAAGAGGAAUCUGCGGCCAGUUUCUCGUUGUUCGGUCCCAACCCCCGCAACAGGACGACGAGAAAAAAAUAAUAAAAAAAAGACGACGAGGUAGCUUAGAAGUGCUAGUCACGGAUGCCACCGUAUCGUUUCGAGCGCCAUACGUUACGCUACCGAGAAGAAGGGUCCUUUUUUACGAGCUUUCCAAGGUUUACAAUGCCACCUGUCAAUUUUUGCUCGUUCGUGUCUCGUUCCUCUACUUAAUCGUCUCGCGACGCGGCAGCUAUUUCGUUGAGAGGUGCCGGCACACUCUGCAAAGUCGCCGGGACGUCUCGUUUCACGCUUCGUUCGCCGAGCGUUUGCAGCAUUUCGUUUUAUACUCUUUGCCGAAAACGUAUCGCGGCCGCGCGGUUCGGAUCUCGGCGCCACGGAACCGACGUAGCGGCUGCGGAACGCAUUUACACGACGCUCUCGGUAGUCUCGUUCCGAGAGAACCCUGCCGUCGAGAACAGCAAGACGUUAGCACAGACGCCAGUUUUAGUCCUGCCGUCUUGGCACAUGCCACUCGAAAGACAAAUCAUGCCACGCAUCUCACGAGCGACUCGGAAUGGCAGCUUUUACCGGAGCCCCUCGGAUGCUAAUUUUACGCGGUUUGACGCAGUGUUUAUAGGGCUGCCCUCUGGCCAGGGCUUAGAGGUGGGUUUCAGUAGCGACAUACUCAGGCAACAACGCUCAGUGCCCUCCACGCAGCAAAAUAAUCUUCCCACGUAGUACGUCGUCGUUCGUGCGUUCAGUCACUACGAUGUUUCGCCCUCUUGGCGGAAACGCCGAGGGGGCGUGUUUGAUUUUCUUCCACAAAGACGAGUCCCUGCGUUUACGGGAGACGUUCAGGAAAACGUGCCAAAGAACCGAGCGUGGCAACACUGGUCGAGAAAGUCGGCAGACAGAGACCCGUUUCGUUUCCGUUUCUUCAUGGAUAACAGCGGCUCCACCAUUUUCCUUUUCUUUUUUUUUACGGAUUUCUCUCGCCUAUUGCUCGUGUACAGAGAGUCUGGGGUUGCAAGUACUGUACAUAACGCAUAUAUGUGAACUUCCACCGUGGCCCAUAGCAAUAGCGAAAGUGAACGGAAACAAUUCCAUGCCUGGAUGUUUAUUGUUUUGUUUUUUUCUUACCUCGUGGCAAUCGGUGCAGCUAAUCUGUGCAUUCAUUUUUGUAUUUCCACGUGUUUAUACGAGUGCAUACUGCUACGUGCGUGUUUUAGAUGCUUUGAACAAGCUUUUUUUUUAUAUAUAGUAGCUGUUGUUUUUUUUAUUUUUUAUGUGCAAUUAGGAGCAUGUUACAUAGUAAUGCUGAAAAGUUUAUGCAGCUGUUUUCUUUUUUUUCCCCACAUUGUUGUCAGACUGCUCAAGAGGACUCACGAGAUUUUCACUGCACUGUAAAAAUAUCACAAUGUAAAUCUACAAUUUUUUCUUGCGCGCGUUAAUUACGAAUCGGUCUGACGCGUUAGUCAGACAAUUCAAACGACACGCGAAGGAGACCGCUCUCUCCCAGUCAAACCUUUUUUUAGAAGCCGGUGAACGACAGUCUCUUGUUCUCGACUGGGCAAGCGGUCUCUCGUUUUUUGUUUUUAACUUUGCCGACAAACGUGUUGGCCAGGCAUUUAGAUUAAGAAAAAGAAUUCUCAAAAUGUCGCAAGGAGCAGCUCAAUUUUGUAGUUCUGGUUUCUCACAAAUUGGACACCUGUUGUGUUGUGAUAGCGUAGGUGUACAAAACAAAGGAAUAAAUGUGUGACAAUA